ACAUUGACAGCGAACGAUGCGCCGAGAUAUAGUGACGUCAUCAGCAGGAGGAUGGAAGCAAGUUAUGUGGACUUCGCUUCAGAGCAGAAGGGAGAGAUGGCGUCCAGGUCCCCAUGAAUAAGCAAAAAAAAGAAAAGAAAAAAGGAUGCAAGGCAGAUAGCCAAAGGACAGGGCGCCGAUAAGGAAUUUAACAUCGCUAUCUUUUCACCCAAAAUAUCUUCAGGACUAAACUGCAUCUGAUUGCUUCAUAAGGAUCUUACAUAGGCGUGGGUGUUUGCAAUAUUUACUUGUCAUUGCUCUGUUUUCAUCCUCGUCCGGUCACCGGGAGGGGAGGGUUCGCCUUUUGCUACAGCUGUUUCUACCUCCGCCUCUCGUCGAGCCAACGUUGAGACGGCGAGACAGGACCGAGUGAGUGAGGGGCGAUGGCUGCUGGAGGAGGAUGCGGGGAAACCGUGGAUCAGUACCGGGCGGAGGUAGAUCGGCUGACCCGAGAGCUUGCGGAAGCUAACCGUGAGAAGAUACGGGCGGCGGAAUGCGGUCUUGUGGUGCUGGAAGAAAACCAGACCCUGAAGCAGCAGUAUACUGAUCUGGAAAUCGAGCAGGAGGCACUGAAGCGAGAGUUGGAGCAGCUGCAAGAGGCUUUCGGCCAGGCGUACUCAAACCAGCGCAAGGUGGCCGAGGAUGGCGAGACCAACGAGGAGACGCUGCUGCAGGAGUCCGCCUCCAAGGAGGCGUACUACAUGGGCCGUCUGCUGGAGCUGCAGGGCGAGCUCAAACUCAGCCGCUCCGUGGCGUCCAACACGCAGGCCGAGAACGAGCGGCUGAACGGGGUCCUGCAGGAGCUCAGAGAGACUAAUGAAGUUCUGGAGUUGCAGAGGAGCAGGAUGAAGGAGGAAAUCAGGGAGUAUAAGUUUCGGGAAACUCGGCUGCUGCAGGACUACACUGAGCUGGAGGAGGAGAACAUCACUCUGCAGAAGCUGGUGUCUACACUCAAGCAGAACCAGGUGGAGUAUGAGGGCCUGAAGCACGAGAUCAAGGUGCUGGAGGAGGAGACGGUGCUGCUGAACAGCCAGCUGGAGGACGCGCUGAGGCUGAAGGAGAUCUCGGAGACGCAGCUGGAGGAGGCGCUGGACACGCUGAAGAACGAGCGGGAGCAGAAGAACAACCUGCGCAAGGAGCUGGCGCACUACCUCAGCCUGAGCGACAGCGUGUACGGGGCCGGGGCCCACCUCGCCCUGGACGGCCUCAAGUUCGCCGAGGAGGCCGGCAGCAACGGCACCACGGCCGCCAACUCGCCCAGCAACGAGGACGGCAACAAGUGCAACGGCCACGUCCCGCUGGCCAAGAUGAACGGGGACUACCGCCCCGCCGGCAGGAAGGGGGAGGCGCUGCACCCCGUCUCCGACCUCUUCAGCGAGCUCAACCUCUCCGAGAUGCAGAAGCUCAAGCAGCAGCUCCUACAGGUGGAGCGGGAGAAGGCCGCGCUGCUGACGACCCUCCAGGAGUCCCAGACGCAGCUGGAGCACACGCAGGGAGCCCUGACGGAGCAGCACGAGCGCGUGCACCGCCUGACCGAGCGCAUGAACGCCAUGAAGCGCUCGCAGUGCGACAAGGACGCCCACAUGGAGCUGGAGCUGGAGGCGGAGCCCGAGAAGGGGGACUCCUCCCCCAACAGCCACGACUACGAGGUGGACAUCCACGGGCUGGAGAUCCUGCAGUGCAAGUACAAGGUGGCGGUGAUGGAGGUGAUCGACCUGAAGGCGGAGCUCAAGGCCCUGAAGGAGACGUACAACCAGAGCGUGGACAGCCGCGUGGAGGAGAAGAGCCACAGCGAGAGCCGGCUGCAGGCCCUGGCCGAUCAGCUGGGCCAGCUGGAGAGGAGCUGCAGGGAGGGGCGGGAGCGGAUCAGCGGGCUGGAGGCGGAGCUGCGCGCCGUGUCGGGCGUGGCCAGCGAGAGCCACAGCAUGCUGAACGCGGCGCAGGACGAGCUGGUGACCUUCAGCGAGGAGCUGGCCCAGCUCUACCACCACGUCUGCCUCUGCAACAACGAGACGCCCAACCGCGUGAUGCUGGACUACUACCGGCAGGGCCGCGCGGCCCGCAGCGGCAGCCUGAAGGGCUCGGAGGACCCGCGCGCCCUGCUCUCGCCCCGCCUGGCCCGCAGGCUCAACGCCGCCGCGCCCUCCGAGCCCCGGAGUCCCAGCGACUCCCCGACCAAGGAGCCGCCCCCGGAUCCGGGCAAGGAGAGCCCCGCCCGCACACCCUCGGGGUCGCCCUUCGCCGGCGGCUCGCCCUCCCCCUCGUCCUCCUCAUCCUCCCCGCCCAUCUCGGAGCCGGCCGCGGACCUGCGCAAGGAGCCCAUGAACAUCUACAACCUGAACGCCAUCAUCCGGGACCAGGUCAAGCACCUGCAGCGGGCCGUGGACCGCUCCCUGCAGCUCUCCCGCCAGAGGGCGGCCGCCCGCGAGCUCGCCCCCAUGCUGGACAAGGACAAGGAGGCCUGCCUGGAGGAGAUCCUCAAGCUCAAGUCCCUGCUCAGCACCAAGAGGGAGCAGAUCGCCACGCUGCGGCUCGUCCUCAAGGCCAACAAGCAGACGGCCGAAAUCGCCCUGGCCAACCUGAAGAGCAAAUAUGAGAACGAGAAGUCGAUGGUAACCGAGACGAUGAUGAAGCUGAGGAACGAGCUGAAGGCGCUGAAGGAGGACGCCGCGACCUUCUCCUCCCUCAGAGCCAUGUUCGCCACCAGGUGUGACGAGUACGUGACGCAGCUGGAUGAGAUGCAGAGGCAGCUGGCGGCGGCGGAGGACGAGAAGAAGACGCUCAACUCGCUGCUGCGCAUGGCCAUCCAGCAGAAGCUGGCGCUGACGCAGCGGCUGGAGGACCUGGAGUUCGACCACGAGCAGUCGCACCGCGGCCGCGCCAGCAAGGUGCCCAAGAUCAAGACUGGCCCUCCCAAAUCUCUCCUAGAUUGUGAGCAGCCUGCUGCUUCCGUACCGCCAGUCCCCCCACAACUAAGGCGAGACAGAGCCUCUGUAGGCCGCAGUCGUAACGUUGCGAUAGCUCUCCAGGAAGACGUGAAACAUCAUUCCAGCGGCAGCAACAGCAGCAGCAGCCGCUCUCCCUGUGUUCCUUUCAACUGUAUAUCACCAGAGGCUCCGCCCCCUGGCCCUUAGCCUUCCCAGUGUACAGCAAGACAUGGGCCUCCACAACCCUCCUUAUCUCUGCCAUACCUCUAUGUCAAUAAAUAAGCCACCCCCCCCCCCCCCCCCCCCAAAAGGCUCCGACCCUCUCGACCCUCUGCCCAAUCACCACGGUUACUGUGCGGGCCAGUAUGCCCUGCUCCUCCAGACAGUCAGACAGAGACAAUAAUGAUGCACUCAGGAGAGGAAUGGCCCAAACGAGGACAGAAAUUAGAAGGCUGUGUCUCUGUUUGAAAGUAACAACAUUAUAAUGGACAUAUUAUUUUAUUUAUAUAUUUAGUACUGUUUAUUUAUUGGUUGAUUUAUUUAUGAUUUAUUGAUUUAAGUAUGUAUAUUCUUGCUCGGUUGUUUAUUUAUUAUUUUUUUGUUUUGAAUUACAGAAAUGUGUCCCUGCUUUGUAGUGAAACUUGAACACAUGAAACACUGAUAUGUUGUAUCAUUAUUUGUUUCCUUUGCUGCUUUUGAACCUUUGAGCUUUAUCUGCGUCGGAGUGGCAUUAAAGGAAGAACACAGCAGAUGGUUAGAGUCGCAGAGGCUAAUAAAGUGCUGUGAAGUCGUGUCAAGGUCCAAGCACUGUGAAAUCACUCUUAAGUUUAACAGUGCAAAGAAUAAUUACCGAGUAUCUAGAGUAAUGAAUUUCCAUUGAACGUCCCACAGACGGGCACAUUUUCCUCCAUACCUACUUCUGUUGAAACAACCAAAAUAAUUGCUAUUAGUCCCUUCCAAAGCUAAAACUUACUUUUUUUUGUUUUGCCUUUCUUCUGAAUGUUUCUGUCACUUUGUAUAAACCUGGGGAACAAUGUGAACUUUCGCAGUAUUACACCUUCUGAGUGGAAGGCUGAAACAUCGAGCUGAAUCCACAGAAAGACUGUUACAGCCAUGUUUGUACAAGUAAUUUUCACCUGCACAAAUGUGCAAAGCUCUUUUGUAAAUUUUAUGUUUGAAAGCACUGCAAUAUCAUAAUAUAAUCUGUUUUUGAAUGAAACUAAUGAAGAUGCUGAUUGCAAUACAGUGAUAGUCUUUCAGAUGCUGAGUUCUACAAAAUCAUAUCUAAUAUCACUCACUGAGCACAUUUUUCCACAUACCUUUUGCAAUAUAUAUCAAUUAAUUAGUAUCAUUAUUUUCUAUUUAUGAGGAGGUUCAGUUUGUGGUGUAGGUCAGAACAGCAUUGAAUGCCUGUUUUUAGAUGAAAGACUGUGAUUUGUGGAAAUAAGGUCAGUAGGCCCAAGAUUGGCUCUGUAAGUACUGGGUAAGAUGAAACUGUGGUGAACAAAGCAUUUUUUAUUCACUUUAAAACAACUUCCAUUUAGUCAAUUAUUGCCCGCAUAUCUAGCUGUCUUGAAUUUUACUUAUCAUUUGGUUAAUACUUUCUAAAGAUUUUUUUAUGUGGCCUUUUUUAUGUUACAAGAACAAUGGCUUCAAGUGGUUGACAAGUAAUUCAGUGAUACAGUGAUAACAUAUUCUCAUCAGAUGUGUUUUACUCCUAUCAUGCUCUGGUUCAUGGGCAAAAAAGCUUGGUAAAGGAAAUUGACUCAGUACUGUCUUUCACCUCUCUCUCUCUCUCUUUCGCUCUCUCUCAGACUCCUUGCUGCAUAUAGUUAAUGUGCUGUAGAUGAACAGAGUAAACAGUUCAGUGCGUGCGCCUCUCUUCUAAGUCACUCCACCGAGCAAGCACAAACAUUUAACUAUGCAUCACAGUAAUGGUCGUAAUGAUGAUUUUUCAAUAUAAUCUGGUAAAAUAUCACUGUGUCUUCCGUUUUUAAUGCUAUGAUAUACAUGACACUCCCAAAAGACCAGCACGUUGUUAAACGCAAACCGAGUCAGACAUGUAUUUCUUAGCAAUGAUUUUGCUUUGUUUUCACAGAUUUUAAUUAAACAGAAAGAGAAUUGCCUCUCUGUGUAGAAGGGAAUUCUGAAACCUGUGAAAGAUCUUGUUAUAUUAACAUAGAUUAAAAUGAUCUCAUUUCAAGCCUGGGAAUAACAAUAUAAAGUGAGAAGUAUGUGAGGUCGCUGGGGUGGGAAGAACUGAAUAAAUGUUCGUUGGUUAAAAGAAAAUGUAUAAAAUAAACACACCACAGAAAGCAUCAGUACUCUGAAACGUACUGAGUGAUACCUCCAGCAACAUAGAAGGGGCUCUUUCUGUUGCAGGGAGGUAUGCAGGCAUGCAGGAGUCUGUGAGGGAGCAUUAGCACAUAAACAGAGGCUCAGUCCAUUCCAUCAGCUGACAAGUUUAAUUCAGGAUCCAUUCAGAAAACAAUUCACAAUGGUGCCCUUGUGCCGGUGGCAGUGAGACAUGAACCCACUUUCCCGAAACCUGACUAUUGUUUCAGGUUUUACUAAUCUGUUAUGUGUUUACCAUACUGCCGUGCCUCUCCAUUAAAUUGGGUUUAGAGUCCAUCCUCUCAGUUAUUUCACAAAAAUGAAGUCAGCAUUAUCAUAAGUAUUAUUACUAUUAUCAUUAUUAUUACAAUCAUAGUUUAAUAUUAAUUUGCCAAAUAGGUUAUCCUUCUUUGUGCUGCGUCACUGUUUUUAUCCCUCACUGUUGGAAGCCAUAUGACACAUUGCCACAGAUGCCAUUAAGACUAUCAGAUAAUCAAACGCUGUGAAAUAAAAUGUGGAAAUAAAUGUCUACCCCCCUGGAUUUUAGACUUGAUUUAGAUAUUUUUAGUCAGAGAUGGAGGUCUGGACUAAUUUUAACGGAUUUUGUAUUAUAAUUUUUGGUCUGGGUUGCAAAGCAUCUGAAUUUUUUUAGAGAUAAAUCUGCUUUGUUUGUUAUUUUGAAACAAUUCAUCCAAAUGGGACAUCAAAAGUAUUAUUGUUUCCAUGCACUUUUAUAAAUCUUGAUUUGAUUUUUUUAUUUGCAUGACCUUUUUGUGCCUGACUUGCUAACUAUAUGAGACCUGUAUUAUACAUGUUUUUUUUCCUUUUUGUUUUUAUUUUAUUUGAUUUGAUUUGACAUGAUUUUGCCCAUUAUGUGUGUUGAGACUGAACGUAGAGGAUUACAUGUAGACAGGAGAUAGGUGGGCACAUAUAAGCUCCAUGCCUUUUUGAGGAUACAUUUUGACAUAACUUGCAUUCACUAAAGUGGGCCUUUCCAUUAAACACAUAGCAGUACUUCGGAUGGGAGUGGUGCGUGCGCACUAGUGUCCAACUCUCAUUCAGGAAAGCUUUUUUCCCUCAUAGCAUCCACUCAGUGAAUGAUGGUGCAAGCAUGUUUUUAACACCAGGGGGAAAUGUCUUUUUCUUCUCUUGUAUGUAUUUAUGUGUAUCCUAAAGGGUGGGUUUACUAUAUUUAUUGAGCUGAUUAUUGUUUUAUUUAUUGAACUUGUUAUUGUUUUAUAUUUUAUGUACUACCUGAUGGAAUGAAUGUGGUGGCGAGAGACAGUCUUCUGAUGUUGGGUUGUACCCGUAACGCUGUUGCGUGGAGGACGUGAAGUGGUCCAAAACUAGUCUGUGUGUGGUACUGAGGCUGUCCACGAAGAAGAGAAAUUCUCCUGGUUGUCCGCACAAUUUUAUCUCUGUCUCUCAUUUGGGCUCUCUGCUGCCAAGAUAGAACAGAGACAUGAAUCAACACAAAAGAAAUAUUUAAAAAUAAUAAUAAUAAAUUUAAAAAUACAGCAAUAUACUGUACUGGGUUUUAUUAUUAUUCUUUCUUAUUCUAAUGAAAAACAGUGUAAUAUCUAGCUACCUGUUUCAAUAGAAAAUAAACAAACUGUCCCUGGACUGUAAAUGGGGCUGCUUUGACUGUU